AUGAGCCAGCGGAAACGGCUUUCUAACACACAGGGCGCCUCUCAAAACAAGAGGCGCUCAGAUUCUUUAGCAGAAGAUGACAGCGAGGUGCCCUUCACUCAGCCCAGCUCCUCACAGGUGCAGCGAGGCCUGGCGAGGGUCUCUAACGCACAAGUUGAACAGAAGGCAGCUGAGGUGGUUCAGUACAUCAUGGUGAAGGACCAGAAGAAGAUUCCAGUCCGCAGAGCAGAUUUGGUGAAACACGUGAUCAAAGAUUACAGAAACAUUUACCCUGAGAUCAUGAAACGAGUGCUGCAGACCUUCUCUCAGGUCUUUGGUCUGGAGCUGGUGGAAAUUGACACUAAAGCCCAUGUUUACAUUCUGAUCAACAAACUGGAGCCGCACGAAGCAUUGACAACCAAUCAGGGCUCCGUUAACCCCAAGACAGGCCUCCUGUGGGUCAUUUUGAGUGUGAUUUUUAUGAAACGAGGAGCCGUUAAAGAAGGUCUCAUCUGGAACACAUUGAAGAAGCUGCGAGUGGAUCCUGGGGAAAGGCAUGAAGUGUUUGGAGACGUGAAGAAGCUGGUCACGGAUGAGUUUGUGCGGCAGAGGUAUCUGGAGUACGUGAGGAUCCCUCACACCGAGCCCCUUGAGUGUGAGUUUCGCUGGGGCCAACGUGCUGAGCUGGAGGUGUCCAAACCACAGAUCCUGCACUUCAUGGGACAGCUUCACGAGCGGGAGCCUCAGUCCUGGAGCCAACAGUACAGAGACGCCCACCCCAGCCUUGGGGCCCCUGGUCCCUCACAGCCCAGCAGGAGCCAGAGAUGA